ACAGCAGCGGCUGCAUCAACGAGCUCCAGUUUCCCCCUUCAGCCGGAGCUCAAAAGUGUCGGGCUCUGUUAUUUAUAAUAUUUCUUUCAAAAGGAAAUCAUCUUUGGGUGGUUUUGCAGCGUGCAUGCUGCAGCACUGGAGCAUCAAUACUGGAAGAAAAGACCGAAGUCUGAACCUGAAGCACCCUCUCCUCCUCUCCACCCAUCUCCAAGCAUCUCCAAACAGUACAGAAACCAGAUCUUGAAGAAAAAAAAAAUCAGAGGUGUCGACUGGGACUCGCCUGCAAUCCACUCCGAGACAGUAACACAAUCGGGGACGUGCAUGCUCGCUUUUGUGCAGUUUGACACCAAGUUAAGCUUUGGGAGAAAUGAAAAUCAAGCACAUUUUUGUUAAAGGAUCGUGCAACAUGAGAAGAUAAACUUCAGACGCAUCUGUACACUCUUGUUUUUUUUUUUUUUUACGCGUUUAUGGAUGUAAGAGAAGAGAUGCGCACAGAGGUUUUUUGGGCGGAUUAAUACCAGGGCCUUUUCCUCCCUCCUCUCUCCUGACUGAUGCUUGCUGAAUGGGAUGCUCUGUCGGAUGCUGUAGCUGUACCUCAUCCUGAUGCAACCUCGUGGCUGGGAAUACACUGCGCGUUGUGAUGCUCCUUCUGCAUGCCCAGUCUGAUACCGAGUCUCAUUCCUGCGGUCAGACCUGUGCGUUUCUACAAUGGCCCGUUUCGAAGACGACCUGCCGGUCCGGUAUGCAGGCGGCUCUCCGUCGGCUGCGGGCCGAGUGCCGAGCAGGCAGCAGGGCCCCCCGGGUGCCCCCAGGGUCUACAAACAGACCAUGGCCCAGCGAGCCCGUACCAUGGCCAUCUACAACCCCAUCCCUGUCAAGCAGAACUGCCUCACCGUCAACCGCUCUCUCUUCAUCUUCAGCGAGGAUAACGUGAUUCGGAAGUACGCCAAGAGAGUCACCGAGUGGCCUCCAUUUGAGUACAUGAUCCUCGCCACCAUCAUAGCCAACUGCAUUGUCCUGGCCUUGGAGCAGCAUUUACCUGCGGAUGAUAAAACCCCAAUGUCCGAGCGCCUGGAUGACACAGAGCCCUAUUUUAUUGGCAUAUUUUGCUUUGAGGCUGGGAUUAAGAUCAUUGCACUUGGCUUUGCUUUUCAUAAAGGCUCCUACCUCCGUAACGGCUGGAACGUGAUGGAUUUCGUCGUUGUGCUGACGGGGAUUUUGACCACCGUCGGGACAGACUUUGACUUGCGGACACUCAGGGCAGUGCGAGUCCUACGGCCACUCAAACUGGUGUCUGGAAUUCCCAGUCUUCAGGUGGUCCUGAAGUCCAUCAUGAAAGCCAUGGUGCCUCUGCUGCAGAUCGGCCUGCUGCUUUUCUUUGCAAUCCUCAUGUUUGCCAUCAUUGGUCUGGACUUCUACAUGGGCAAGUUCCAUCGUGCCUGUUUCAGGAACGAUACUAAUGAACUGGUGGCUGAGUUCCCAUGUGGCUCGGAGCCUCCAGCACAUGUCUGUGAGAACGGCACCACAUGUCGGGAGUACUGGCCUGGCCCCAACUUUGGCAUCACCAACUUUGAUAACAUCCUCUUCGCCGUUCUCACAGUCUUCCAGUGCAUUACCAUGGAGGGCUGGGUGGAAAUCCUUUACAAUGCCAACGAUGCCUCAGGGAACACCUGGAACUGGCUGUACUUCAUCCCCCUCAUCAUCAUUGGCUCCUUCUUCAUGCUGAACCUGGUUCUGGGAGUGCUAUCAGGAGAGUUUGCUAAGGAGCGGGAACGUGUGGAAAAGAGGCAGGAGUUCCUAAAGCUACGCAGGCAGCAGCAGAUUGAGCGAGAGCUCACCGGCUACCUGGAGUGGAUCUGUAAAGCAGAGGAAGUCAUGCUCGCUGAGGAGGACAAGCAUGCAGAGGAGAAGUCUCCACUGGACGGUGCCUGGUACAAGAGGAAAUGCAACAACCCAGUUCUGAAACGAUCCAAGAAGAGCAAGAACGACCUGAUCAACGCAGAAGAAGGGGAGGAUCAUUUCACAGAUAUCUUGUCAGUCGCACCCCAGGGCUCCCCUUUUGCUCGGGCCAGCGUGAAGAGCAGCAAGAACGAGAGCUCUUCGUAUUUGCGCAGGAAAGAAAAGCGAGUGCGUUUUUUCAUCCGCCGCAUGGUGAAGUCUCAGGGCUUCUACUGGACGGUGCUGUGUUUGGUGGGUCUGAACACGCUGUGUGUGGCUAUAGUGCACUACGACCAGCCUAGGUGGCUCACCUACGCUCUCUAUCUGGCAGAGUUUGUAUUCUUGGGCCUGUUCUUGAUUGAGAUGAGUCUGAAGAUGUAUGGCCUCGGCCCUCGGAGCUACUUCCAUUCUUCCUUCAACUGUUUCGACUUUGGCGUGAUUGUAGGGAGUAUUUUCGAGGUGGUAUGGGCGGCAGUUAAACCCGGGGCGUCUUUCGGCAUCAGCGUGUUACGAGCUCUUCGGCUGCUGAGGAUCUUCAAGGUUACAAAGUAUUGGAACUCUUUGAGGAAUCUGGUGGUGUCUCUGCUGAACUCUAUGAAGUCCAUCAUCAGCCUGUUGUUCCUCCUGUUCCUUUUCAUUGUGGUGUUCGCUCUGCUUGGAAUGCAGCUCUUUGGGGGACAGUUUAAUUUUGAAGACGAGACCCCGACAACGAACUUUGACACCUUCCCAGCAGCAAUUCUGACGGUGUUCCAGAUUCUGACAGGAGAAGACUGGAAUGCAGUGAUGUACCACGGGAUCGAAUCUCAGGGAGGAGUGGGCAGUGGCAUGUUCUCCUCAGUCUACUUCAUCGUCCUCACGCUGUUUGGAAACUACACUCUUCUUAACGUUUUCCUGGCUAUUGCUGUCGACAACCUUGCAAAUGCACAGGAACUCACAAAGGAUGAAGAGGAACAAGAAGAGGCCAUCAGUAAGAAACUGGCUCUCCAGAAGGCUAAAGAGGUGAAGGAAGUCAGCCCCAUGUCAGCUGCUAGCAUUUCUCUUGCAGCGAAUUAUGUCUGCUCCCCCGCCCAUCACUACUUGAGCCAAGAGCAGCGGCGCUCGCUGAAGAUGAUGUCCGUAUGGGAGCAGCGUACCACACAGAUCCGUAAGCACAUCAGAGCCAGCAGUGAAGCCCUGUACAACGAGGAACUCAACCCUCGCCUGACCUCCACCCAGCACCUACGGCCAGACAUCACCACCCACCUGGACCGGCCGCUGGUGGUUGAGCCGCGAUGCGACUGGGACAAGCCCAGGGACUUGAGAGUCGAAGCAGAUACACCUGAGGACCCCAAAGUGCAGGCAACCCCUGACCCCCUUUCCAUGGAGCCUCCUCAAUCACAGCCCCCACGUAAACACCAUCACCGGAGACGUGAAAGAACUUCCAACGAAGGCAGAGAAAAUGGUGAAACUGGAGCCUCACGUCAUCACGUGCACCACAGCCGCAGCAAGGAGACUGAAGGAACACGGGCCAAAGAUGGUAAAACUGAACGCAGCCACAGCCGUGAUGCGAGAGCAGAACACAGACACCACCGGUCGCAUAGGGCAGGACAUGAGGGCAACGGUAUUGUUGGCGCCAAGAGUGAGAGACGCUCGCACCACAGAGAAGGCUCAGGCUCGGCCAGGGGGGACGGCGAGAGGAGCUCACGAGGGGAGGAAGGGGGCAACGGAGGCCGGAGGAGGCACCGGCAAAGGGCUGGCAAGGUACAGUCUUCACUAGAGGGUGUGGAGCAGAGGGAGAAUGGCGAGCGAGAAGAGAGCAAGCCUCCAGAAAACAGACAAACUGAACUGGGUGGAGAUAUGCUGCCUGCACCUUCUCAGCAGCUUGCAGUGGGGAACCGGUGGGGUCUGGAGAAACCAGAAGAUUCGGAUAACCAGCGAAAUGUCAGUCGCAUAGGAGGCCUGGGGGUCCACAUCCCCGUCACCAUCACUUCUCCACCUGGAGAGACCACUCUCAUAGCCAUGAACAGUAUAGACAGUGAGACGGCGCCCAUAACUGAGAAGAACCUGGAGGAGGUGAACCAGAGCGGGCCACGUCCCAUACUUCCUUACAGCUCUAUGUUUAUCUUCAGCCCAACUAAUCCGGUGAGACGUUUGUGCCAUUACAUUGUCAGUCUGCGUUACUUUGAGAUGUGUAUCCUGAUGGUUAUAGCCAUGAGUAGCAUUGCACUGGCUGCAGAAGACCCUGUCAAUGCCAACGCUCUGCGGAACUACGUCCUGAAGUAUUUGGACUACGUUUUCACCGGUGUGUUCACAUUUGAAAUGGUAAUUAAGAUGGUAGAUUUGGGCUUGCUGCUGCAUCCAGGCUCCUACUUCAGAGACUUGUGGAAUAUUCUGGACUUCAUUGUGGUCAGUGGAGCUCUGGUGGCAUUCGCUUUCUCAGGGACCAAAGGAAAAGACAUCAGCACCAUCAAGUCUCUCAGGGUGUUACGAGUCCUGCGGCCAUUGAAGACGAUCAAACGCUUACCGAAGCUGAAGGCUGUGUUCGACUGCGUGGUGAACUCCCUGAAGAACGUGCUGAAUAUCCUCAUCGUCUACAUCCUCUUCAUGUUUAUCUUCGCCGUCAUUGCUGUACAGCUUUUCAAGGGCAAGUUCUUCUACUGCACGGAUGAAUCCAAAGGCCUAGAGAGGGACUGCAGAGGGCAGUUUCUGGAGUACGAUAAGCACGAGGUCUCGGCUCAGCCUAGAGAGUGGAAGAAAUAUGACUUUCACUAUGAUAACGUGCUGUGGGCUUUUCUUACACUCUUCACUGUGUCAACAGGAGAGGGCUGGCCUACGGUUCUGAAGCAUUCUGUGGACGCCACCUUUGAGGACAAGGGUCCCAGUCCUGGUUACCGCAUCGAGAUGUCCAUCUUCUACGUGGUCUACUUUGUUGUCUUCCCUUUCUUUUUCGUCAACAUCUUUGUGGCCUUGAUUAUUAUCACGUUUCAGGAGCAGGGAGACAAAGCCUUGUCCGAGUGUAGUCUAGAGAAAAACGAGAGAGCCUGUAUCGACUUUGCCAUCAAUGCCAAACCGCUGACACGCUACAUGCCCCAGAAUCAGCAGUCUUUCCAGUACCGGAUGUGGAAGUUUGUUGUUUCACCGCCUUUUGAAUACUCCAUCAUGAUCAUGAUUGCCCUCAACACUGUGGUCCUCAUGAUGAAGUACUACGAUGCACCGUAUGCCUACGAAGCAAUGCUGAAGUAUCUCAACAUCGUCUUUACUGCCCUUUUUUCACUGGAGUGUGUUCUGAAGAUUAUUGCUUUUGGUCCACUGAACUACCUAAAGGACGCAUGGAAUGUCUUCGACUUUGUGACAGUGCUGGGGAGCAUCACGGAUAUCUUGGCUACUGAAAUUAAUGACCGUCUGAUAAACCUAAGCUUCCUGAGGCUGUUCCGAGCCGCCCGUCUCAUCAAGCUCCUCCGGCAGGGUUACACCAUCCGCAUCCUGCUUUGGACGUUUGUGCAGUCCUUUAAGGCUCUUCCUUAUGUCUGCCUCCUGAUCGCUAUGCUGUUCUUCAUUUAUGCCAUUAUAGGAAUGCAGGUCUUUGGAAACAUCGACCUGAAUGAGGAUACGGCCAUCAACCACCACAAUAACUUCCGCACUUUCCUACAAGCUCUCAUGCUGCUCUUCAGGAGCGCUACAGGAGAGGCCUGGCACGAGAUCAUGCUGUCAUGUCUGAGUCACCGUGCAUGCGAUGUGAACUCGGGCACGCCGGGAAACGAGUGCGGCAGCGACUUUGCCUACUUUUACUUUGUCUCCUUCAUCUUCCUUUGCUCUUUCCUGAUGCUGAAUCUGUUUGUGGCUGUGAUCAUGGAUAAUUUUGAAUACCUGACCCGGGACUCCUCCAUCCUGGGUCCCCACCACCUGGACGAGUUCAUCCGCGUGUGGGCUGAGUACGACCCGGCCGCAUGUGGCCGUAUCAAGUACCGCGAUAUGUAUGAGAUGCUGCUCCACAUGUGCCCACCUUUAGGUUUGGGAAAGAAAUGUCCACCACGAAUCGCCUACAAGCGUCUGGUGAAGAUGAACAUGCCCAUCGCAGACGACAACACGGUCCAUUUUACCUCCACGCUCAUGGCUCUUAUCCGCACCGCGCUGGAGAUCAAACUGGCCUCAGGAAUCGUGGCUCAGCGUUUAUGUGAUGCAGAGCUAAAGAAGGAGCUGGCAACCGUCUGGCCAAACCUGUCUCAGAAGACCAUGGAUCUGCUGGUGACUCCCCAUAAACCUAACGAGCUGACGGUUGGGAAAGUCUAUGCAGCUCUCAUGAUCUUCGACUACUACAAACAGAACAGAGCCAAGAAACUGCAGAUGCAGCAGCAGCAGUUCAAAGAUCAGCCAGGACCUCAGAACAAUGUGGGAGCUCUCCUGGAGCCCAUUCUGUGCCCUAUGCAGGAGAAGAGCAGGAGCAUGAUGGACUGUCCAUCAGAUAUCCUGCAUCCCAUCAGUCUCAGCUCUGCAACUCUGAACAACGGACACACACUCCAUGACAACGCCAUUAAAGGCUCCUCGUCUUGGGCUUCAGAGAAAACCAAAGACGUUCAGAGGUCAAAAAAGCGACCCAUGCUGAGAGGCCAGUCAGUGGACAUCUCAAACACAAACACUGCCCAGGUGUCAGUAGAGAUGAGAAAAAUGGAGAACAAUGCCAACACAAUCCAACAACCUGCUGGUUUAGAGGGUCAAGGACGAGCAGUAUCUAUGCCCAAACUCAAUGCAGAGAUGCAGAGAAGUCAUUCGCGUCACUCUCCAGGAACCUUACUUGCGCCGAUCCCUGAUUCCCCCCUGAGGCGAUCCGUGUCCACGUUUUCCUCACAGCGUCCUCCAGAGGUUACUGUGAACGAAUACAUUCUGGAGAAGCCUGCACAAGAGAGACCGCAUCACCAUCAUCAUCAUCACCGCUGCCAUCACCGAAAAGACAGAGAGAAGAAGCAGAGGUCGCUGGAUAGGUCACCAGGUGGACAACCUAAUAGUACAGGUGGCACAGCAGCUGACUCUGCGGGAAACUCCUCAUUUCAGGAGAGAGGGCAAGACCGAGGCCGUUCCCACGAAAGGAAACACCAUUCAUCGGCAGCGGAGAAGCAACGCUACUACUCGUGCGAUCGCUACGGCAGUCGAGAGCAUUUUCCCACCAAACCUGCGCCAGCCAGCUGCGCCACCUCACCCGGAGAGGCUCAGGAGACCACCUUCACCAAGCAGGGCAGUGGUUGGGCUAAAGGGAGCCCGGUGUUGUUGAGUUCGGGCUCGAGCACGCCCAGCCGCUGGCGCAGGCAGCUGCCUCAGACGCCCGUGACCCCUCGCCCAGCGGUGACCUACAGGACUGCCAACUCCUCCCCUGUGUCCUCUGCAGUCGCCCAGAACACCCUCCCUCCCCCGAGCCCCGUAAUGCGCAUCAGCUCCGAGCCGUACCUCCGGCCCCAGACGACGCUGCCGAGCCCACAGCAGAUCGUGACGCUCCCGACGCUAUCCCAGCAUUCCCUGCUCGGGAUGCCCAAUGGGUACCAUUACAUUAUGGGCAUGGGCACUGGCGGCAGCAGCGACAACAUCCAGCGCUACUACCCUGAAGCAGAGAAGGAAGAAUGGUGCUAGUACGGCUUUAACACAUACACGCUCACACAUAAUUCUGCUGAUGAUGCUCAUUGUGUUUUUCUUUUUCUUGUAAAAAAAAUUUUGAUGAGUUUUAUCAUCUCAACAUGUGUAUGUGGACAUGCUUUCAUUUUUGCAGAGAGGGAAAACCUGCAGACUGCUUUUUCAUGUAUUUUAAUAGCGAUCUAACUGGGCUCAGAAUUCUGCCUUUAUGAUAAAUGAUAAAGACAAGUUAGAUCGAAGUUUCUGCUCUCAAUUCCCUGCCUUUGUGAGAGAGGUCACGGUGUGAAUGAUGGACAACCACAACAACAACAACACAAAAAAAUUCUGGGAAAACAGUGACCUGUAGAGCUUAUGCAACAUUUCACAAUCUUACGGCCAGUGGGCUGCGUCCCCAUGAA